AAAAGGUUGCUGGAGUUUAUUUGUCACAGGACACUGCUGCAUUGGACAAGAGCCCCAUUCGUCUGCCUUUCUAUAUUUGGACACUAAACGAUAUUAACAUUUUUUUCUGGGGCAACUACACUCAAAUCGUCGCAGAAGACGUGUUUUUUGUGGAUGGGCCUGAGAUUAUGGCCACAGUCAAAACGGAUAACAGACUGACGAGCUCUCAAAGCUUUGUAUGUGUCGGAUUUGCAGGAAUAUUUAGUAAAACUUUAACUUCUCCAUUGGAAGUGGUGAAAAUUAAAAGUCAAGUGGGGACUUUUCACUGCAAAAAAGGCUUCUGGCAAAAUUUUGUUCUGAUCUAUCAAAAUGAGGGACUUCGAGCGUUUUGGAAAGGAAACCUGGUCUCUUGUCUACGGUUGUUUCCCUACACAGCGGUUCAUAUUACUACAUAUAAACAGAUAGUUCAUCUUCACAUGGAUCAAGCGGGCUUUAUUUCCCAGUGGCGGGCCAUAUUCGCAGGUGGGCUAGCAGGUGUUGCAGCUGCCCUCACCACUUACCCCCUGGAGGUGGCAGAGACCCGGCUGAUUGUGCAGAACAGCAAAGAGCCCACAUAUAUUGGCACAGUUCACACUAUCUCGAAGAUAUACAGAAAUGAAGGCCUAUCCUCUCUCUACAGAGGAUUCUCCCUGACAGUCCUCGGAGCAUUUCCGUUCUCUGUUGGCUGCUAUGCUGUUUACAUGAAUCUGGAUCAACUUUGGCAGGAGCCACAGUUUCGCUUUACCCCCCUACAGAACCUGAUAAGUGGCUGUGUUGCAGCUGGUGUGGCUCAAACCCUUUCUUAUCCAUUUGAAACUGUAAAGCGUAAGAUACAGGCGCAGAGUUCCCGGCUUCCCCAUUUUGGUGGUGUUGAUGUCCAUUUCAAUGGGAUGAUUAACUGUUUUGUUCAGGUCGUGAAAAAUAACGGUUUCUUUUCAUUGUGGAAUGGUCUCACAGCAAGCACAGUAAAGAUUGUUCCCUACUUUUGCCUUCUCUUUACUUGCUUUGAGAUGUGCAAACAAGUUUUCCUUUACCGCAAUGGAUAUAUUAUCUCUCCCCUGAGCUAUAAACCUGCACCGGGAGUGGACCAGAGCCUUAGACCUUAUGAGCUUGAAGAGGUGAAGCGCUACUUGAGAAACAGAAACUUUGAAUCGGAAGAAUCUUCAUUACGAAAAUGUUGGUGAAUGUUCAGCUUCACAAGAUGGCUAUACAAGACUUUACCAUAACCACAAGACCUCUCUUGCCUCUUACAAAGCACUUUUGUAUGUUUAUGAAAACUUUCUAACUUAAUGUAAACUGGUUCUGUUAUUACAGUAUUGUAUAUUAUUAAGCCUAUAAGCCUACAUUAUUUUGGACAAAAAUAAUAAA